AUGUGCGCGCCACGACAGGUGGCGCAGUUUUUGACCACUAAUUACCCUGAAACCUGUCAAAUCCUCGGCAAUUUUACGGUACUUUUGGGCCGGAAUUUCAGUUUAUUGGCAUCUGUAGAGGCACGUCGCAUGGCUGCACAAGGUGCACAUAAUGUCGUCAGCUUCCUCGCCUCGCCAUCAAUGACAUCAGGCCAUAGGUUUUUUGCUAGAACUUUUCGAAACUUUUCAUCCACGAUUACGUGUGUCGACUACUCCAUAACCAGUAAUUUUGCAAAUCGUGGGGCUUUGACGCAGCAGGCUUCCAUGCGGCACGAGGGCGGAGGAAAUAUUAUUUGUCCUAGUGGCGCGCCCGGGAGAAGUCUCGGUAGAAGAGCCGGGCUAAUUGGAAAGAAACCCGGUGCACAGACAUGA